GUUGUUGAUUGCAUUUUGGCAGAUCUAAAGUGACCAAAAGAAAUUGAAUUCAAUUUUUAGUGUUUUUAGGCGGUAGAGAAUUUUCUAAAUUGAGGGAUAAUACGAGUUGAAAUGCAAAAUGGCAAAAUUGGCGUUGGAGUAUCCUGAUGACCAGAAUGGCAACGAGUUGUUGAAUGAAAUCAAAAACUUCAGACAUCAAGGUCACCAAUUUGCAUUUGAUGAAUUGGAACAUGUGAAAAUCUGUACGCGACAACUCGUCAAGACUCAAGAGCGACUCGCCACUGAUGACUUUCUCGCCAACGCGACAACUGGCCACUGCGACAACUCGUCAAUGCAAUAUCUACCCAAUGCGACAACACGCUCGCCUACAGAUGACUUGGCAUUGCGAGUUGGGACAACACUCGUUAUAUGCGAACGAGCUAGCGUACGUGACUGUAAUCUUACUUCAAUCUCAGCUCACUAAUAAGGUACCUACAACAAUGGUGUGCAUUGAACGACUUAUAGUGUCGUUCUCUAGGAA